AGAUUCCUGCUUUCCAUAAUAAGCAUAAACUCUUCACAUUCAUUCAUUGAAACAGAGAAAAGAAACACUUCUCACCCUAGCAUUAGUCAUUGUAGGAAAAAAGUUCCGUAGUUCUCGUUUGAUAGCAGCAUUUUCCGAAAAAUAGAAACGAUAUGGAUCCAAUUUGGCAGAACAUCGUGACCGCACUGGAGAUACAAUCGGAUGUGGCCGACAAAUGGUUCACGAAACUCAAAGCACAAUACUCGCAACCAAGCAGACACUAUCAUAAUGAGGAGCAAAUGAUGAUCAAGAAGGCGGAACACCUGCUCAAUGGAGCUAGCGUGUGUCUACAACUUGCCGCCCUCUUCCAAUACUAUCACUUCGAUGCAGGGAAGGAUUGCGUCAAGGAAAACUGUGAUGCACUACGGGAAUUUUUCGCGGAUGCCAAUCUAGACAAUAAAGCGUUACUGGACAAUGUCCUACGACUGCUAGGCGACGUCGGAAUUGAAAGCUCCGAUCUUCCAGAAGAGGAUGUGUUAUACUUCCAAGAUCUAGAUCUUUUCAUUUUAGGAUGUCCCCCGGAGGAUUACAAAGUCUACAGAGAACUGCUGCGGAAAGAAUACUCAACGGUCGAAACAGGUUCCUACAACAAAAUGCGAUUGAAGGUACUGCAAGUCUUUAAUCGAAUACCGUUCAUCUACUCCACGAAGGAAUUUAACGAUCGGUAUGAGAAUACGGCCAAAAUCAACAUUGAAAGCGAAAUCAAGGAUUUGGAAUCUUAAUCUUAGAAACAAAUGUAAUCAUUGCAGCGAUGUAAACACUCACCUUCAAAUAUAGAAAAGUUUGGAAAGAAA